AUGACAGUGGCGGCGCAGCGCCAACUAGUGGACUGGAUCCACAUACCCAAUGGUACAUACAUCACAUGGGUGAAAAUCACUGAACGUCCCAAAGCUGUUGCAACCCUCUUGUCCAACUGGACAGACUUCUUCCGUGGAGAGAUGAUCACCUUCAGAUGUGACAUACAGGGAGAUCAACACGGACACUGGAACUACAGCUGGUAUAUCAACGGGACUGUGGUAUCUAAUUCAUGGCAAAAGUACAGAAUAUCUUAUGCUGAAGAGUCCCACAGUGGUGAGUACAGCUGCAGAGGAACACGCAGUAGCGACCCACAGACAUCAGAGAUCAGCGCAUCUGUCAGAAUUACAGUGUCAGAAAAACCAAAGCCAGUUCUUAAAGGACCUCCUCAGACCUGGCUGACUGAAGAAGACUCAGUGACUCUGAGCUGUGAGGUUGGAGGCUCCACUACAGGCUGGAGAUUCCACUGGUACAAGACUGCCCUCUACAGGUCUGGGUUGACAUAUAUCACUCAUGAAAACAGGGGAUAUUAUGUAGAACUCCUCUCAGACAGCAUCAGAGGAGCUGGAGGCUCCUACACUCUUAGCCCUGCUGCUCUUAGACACACAGGGGUCUAUGUGUGCAGAGCAGAGAGAGGAGAGCCAGCCUAUCACACAGAGUUCAGCCAACCUCAGCCUCUCUGGGUCACAGGUCGUUCUCCUCGAUCCUCCCUGGAUGUCCAUCCCGAUACAGAUCAACAUUUUGAUCGUGAGUCUCUUUCCCUGAGCUGUGUGGGGAGCGUAAACUUAACUGGUUGGAGAUUGAGAUGGUUCUCAAAAGAAGAGUAUACAAUGUGUCCCACUGGUUGGGCAGAAGCAGGAUCCACCUGCAAAAAAAUAUGGACAUCAUCAUCAGACAGUGGAGUGUACUGGUGUCAGUCUGAGUCUGGAGAGCAGAGUAAUCCUGUCAACAUCACAGUGCAUAAUGGUCAUGUGAUCCUGGAGAGUCCUGCCCAUCCUGUGACUGAGGGAGAUCCUCUGACUCUGCACUGUAGAUAUCGCUACCAGGCAUCAAACAUCAGUGCUGACUUCUAUAAAGAUGGGACACUCCUGCAGACCUCCAACAAAGGGAACAUGACCAUCCCUGCAGUCUCAAAGUCACAUGAAGGCCUCUAUAAGUGUAAGAACCCAGAGAAAGGAGAGUCACCAGAGAGUUGGAUCACAGUGAAGGGUUCAGGCCCACAUUAUGGGUCCUCUCUGCUGGUAACGUUGGGUGUUGCUGUUGGACUGGUGGUCAUGAUCGUUCUCAUCAUAAUAUUCAUUCUGCUGUUUCGUUUCAAAAAUCUGAAAGAUCUGGGGACACAGACAACACUACCUGGUCAACAGCACACACAUACCAAUCACAGCCCAAACCAGGACCAGAGUCAGCCUGCUGGAAGUGAUGGGGCCCAGUCAGUAUAUAUGCCACUGCAAAGAGGUACUACUGAUGUCUAUGACAGCAUACAACCAAUAUACAUGCCUCUACAACAAAGAAGUACAGACAUAUAUGAAACCUUGAGAACAUCACAUUGACAGUUGGGCGGUGAGAUACUAAUGAGUUUUGAUAUACUGUGCUGAGUUUUGAUAUACUGUGUUCCUGAUGUAUGGCUUCAGUAUUAAUUGUUAGCAUACUGAUUUAGCCUUUUUUUUAAUUUCAAUUGCUUUGAUGUGUAUCAGCUUGACUCUACAGUACAUGGAGUAGAUUUGCCACUGUUACAUUUGAGUGUUGUCUAAAUAAUACACGGUAAACUUCAAAUAGUUACUGUUACAUUUACAAUUCAGUUAUUCUCUUUAGAGUCUCCCUCUCUCACACUCUUUUGGCUGUUAAUACCCCACGAGGGGGACUAUCGAGCCCUGUGAUCAGGCAUUUUGACCCUGAAAGGCAUGUGU